AUGGUAAUGUUUUGGCUCAUUCACUCUGUUUUUACUAACAUAGCCGAAAGUAUUAUGUUUCUUGAUAGGGCCAUUGAUAUGUGGAAUGAUCUUGUUGAGCGCUUCAAUCAGGGAAAUGGCCCAAGAAUUUUUCAAUUGAAAACUCAUCUUCUCAGUCUCAAACAAGGAGACCAAUAUGUGAGUAGCUAUUUCACCAAGCUCAAAUCCCUUUGGGAUGAGCUUAAAGAAUUUCAACCUUCAGCCACUUGCACUUGUGGAGCCAUGAAGAAAUUGGUUGAGUUCUAUAAUCAAGAACAAGUCCUCCAGUUCCUCACCGGUCUUAACGAGUCCUACCACUUUGUGCGAGCUCAAAUCUUGCUCAAUGAUCUGCUGCCUUCCAUUUCCAAGGUUUUCUCAGUGGUCAUUCAAGAAGAGCAUCAAUGUACCCUUGGUGACACCUUUCCAGUCGCCUCUGCUGUCCACCCACCAAUUCCUCCAGCCUCUCAAAACAAACAGCAACGACCUUCUUGCUCCCAUUGUAUGAAACCGGGCCAUCUUGUUGACAAAUGCUUUUUUCUCCAUGGUUAUCCCUCCUUGUUAUGGGGAUAA